AUGCUUGGAAUAGGUCUUCUUCGAGCACCCGCUCCAUCUUCGUCAAGCAUGUCAACAGAGUCAGUAACGCUCUCGGCAAUACAUCGAUUACCUGGAACACCGAUUUCUUUACCAGCACAGCAAGCAACAGCAUCAUCUCCUGCGCCUAAUGUUGUCACUGUUCAAUCUCAGCCAGCGCCAUUUCACGAUGCUAAUAGCGCUUCAAACCAAAUUCAGGCGUCUAUGCAAGCCCCUCGUCCCGCAGCUGCAGUAAUGCCCAUCCAACAUCAGGGGACGACUACCGUUCCAUCAGAUCGUACAACUUCGGUAACGACAUCAACACCAGCAGCAGCUCCAACGUCAACUCCCACAACAGUUGUGUCUUCUCAGCCAUCCAGAAUUCUUCCUUUGUCUGAAUUAAUGGAUCCUUCGAAAUUUGAACUUGGUCCUGGCGAUAAAACAAGGCUUGAGAAACGCCUACUCCAUGAGCAUAUUCGAAGCGGUGGAGACGUACCAUUGCCACAGUUAGACCCCAAUGACCCGUUGAAUACAUUGGAUCCAUUCUGGAAGACGAGAAGAUAA